UGACAAAAAACAUGGAUGUGAGCUGUAGCUUAAGUGCUCUUCUCGCACUAUCACCGCCAUACCGCUCCUGGAUGCUGCGCUGGAGUACGCAUGCGCACCACAGUGGAAUUACUGCACAGCGCACUCUAAGUUGGAUUUUCUCUGUCUUCACGGAAACCAGAAAACAUAAAAGUAUGGAGAUCUUUAGAAUACGAGAAAAGGGCUUUAUGCGCGUCUGGACGUUCCCCGUGAUAAUGGCUGUGGUGUGUGCGCAAAGUGUCAAUGAUCCAAGCAAUAUGUCUAUCGUAAAAGAAACUGUUGAUAGACUAUUGAAGGGAUAUGACAUUCGCUUGAGGCCAGAUUUUGGAGGUCCACCGGUGGGAGUGGGGAUGAAUAUAGACAUUGCCAGCAUAGACAUGGUGUCAGAAGUGAAUAUGGACUACACAUUGACGAUGUAUUUCCAGCAAGCCUGGCGAGACAAACGCCUGUCCUAUUCUGAGAUUCCUCUUAACCUGACGCUGGAUAACAGGGUAGCUGAUCAGCUGUGGGUGCCGGAUACAUACUUCCUGAAUGACAAGAAGUCUUUUGUACAUGGUGUAACAGUGAAGAACAGAAUGAUCCGUCUUCAUCCAGAUGGCACUGUGCUUUAUGGGCUCAGGAUUACUACCACCGCCGCCUGCAUGAUGGACUUACGCAGAUACCCACUAGAUGAGCAGAACUGCACACUGGAAAUCGAGAGCUAUGGCUACACCACAGAUGAUAUUGAGUUCUACUGGCGAGGUGGCGACCAUGCAGUAACGGGGGUUGAAAGGAUAGAGCUUCCUCAGUUCUCUAUAGUGGACUACAAACUCAUCUCGAAAAACGUGGUGUUUUCUACAGGUUCAUAUCCUCGCCUCUCCCUGAGCUUCAAGCUUAAGAGAAACAUUGGCUACUUCAUUCUGCAGACCUACAUGCCUUCAAUCCUAAUCACCAUCCUGUCUUGGGUAUCCUUCUGGAUCAACUAUGAUGCCUCGGCUGCCAGGGUUGCUUUAGGCAUCACCACUGUGCUGACCAUGACCACCAUCAACACACAUUUGAGGGAGACUCUUCCAAAGAUUCCGUACGUCAAAGCCAUUGACAUGUACCUGAUGGGCUGUUUCGUGUUCGUCUUCCUGGCUCUGCUGGAGUACGCACUGGUCAACUACAUCUUCUUCGGUAGGGGACCGCAGCGGCAGAAGAGAGCGGCGGAGAAAGCCUCCACAGCCAACAAUGAAAGAAUGAGAAUGGAUCCCAACAAAUGGUUGAUGGGAAAUGUAGUUCAGAGAGACGAUGCUCUGUAUGCCAGAAUGAAACAGAGGGAUAUUGACGCACAUGACUCCAUGUGGGAACCAAUCUUUGUGGAUGAUGCAGCAUUAGGACUAGGCGAUUCAAAAAAUAAGAUGGACCCCCAUGAAAACAUCCUUCUCAGUCCUCUGGAGAUCAAGAAUGAAAUGGGCACGUCCGAGUUAAGCCUGGGUUUGGGCGACCCCCGCUCCACCAUGCUGGCCUUUGACAGCACCACGCUGCAGUAUCGGAAAGCCGGCCUGGCCAGGCACAACUUUGGGCACAAUGCGCUGGAACGCCACGUUGCUCAGAAGAAGAGCCGACUACGACGGCGCACUUCGCAGCUUAAAAUCAACAUCCCUGACUUAACUGAUGUAAAUUCAAUCGACAAAUGGUCGAGAAUGAUCUUCCCCACCGUGUUUUCUUUCUUCAAUGUCAUCUACUGGCUUUAUUAUGUCAACUAAGUGGAUCGCGGGGCCGUCCAAGAAGCGCCACUUAUUUUUACGUCAGUAUAUUCUUCCGUUAUCCUGCGUCUGAUUUCGCAAUACAAGCAGGACUUAUGUUGACAGAUUAAAAUCAGGACUAACUCUCUUUAACCUUGGGUUCACCUUAAUUGCUGGCUGACACGAUACUCUAAAGAGAUUAAGAACAAACGGUGCCUAUUUCAAAAUCCAGUAGUUUUAGUGCGUUUUGUUCAAUAUUAGGUAUAUCGGUUUUGUUGCAAAAUGAUCAAAUCAGUUAUAGCUUUUUAGCAACGGAAAACUCAAAGACUUAAAAAUUAGACAUCCACAGCACUUCACUGUCAGUUCUUUCCUCCUUUAGCAAUUGAUAAGAAAGCUGCACUCAAUAACUUAAUAUAUCUAUUCCUUUAUUUGAAGUUCCCUUUCGAAGGGAACUCAACAAUACGUCGAAUGACGCAUUGUCUCGUUCCCUGUUCUCAGGGAACAUAGGUUACAGUCGUAACCUGAGACGUUUUCUUUUGUUCUGGUCUGUUGAGUAAAGAGACUAUAGGAAUAGUUUUAUCAUAUGGUGGUAUUUUCUACUUUACACACAGAUGAUAGUUUAUUUAUUCAAGAGAAUUUUAUUAUACACUUAUUUACUUUGGUAAAACGUGUCACUCAAAUCCUUUACUCUAAAGUUUAUCGACACUUUGGUGAGCUUUACAUUUCCAAUAUGCUAGUUUCAUUUUGAUGUUCAGAAGUGGAAGUUGAAGGUGUCCCUACUCCAAACCACUCGAUUCAGCUGCUAACUCGAAUCGCUUUUAUAGCUCCCAUUAAUCUUGUGUAAUGCUAGUCUAACCAUUAGCAUUCCCAUUCAUCUCAAUUGCAGUUGUUCUCCUGAUGCUUAAAAGUAUGUGACCUGAAUUCUGCCAUCAUUGUUCAUGAUGGGGAAAAUGCCACAUGACUGAUUGUUAUUCAACAGGAAAUGCCAAUGCGUAUUAGCUGAUAGCAUCUGAGGAACAAAUCUAAACCCAAACCCUUCAGCAGCGCGAUUACUUUGAUGUGAAUGGCAACAGACAAGAAAAAAUAUAAACCUGUUUCCCAUUUGUGAGAGCACUCCAAAAAUAACAUGCCACUGGCAAAAAGAUAAAUAUUGUAUUAAUCAGACUCUCUCUAUAUAUAUAGCAAAAUGGUGUAGUUACAAGACCUAGUGACCAAACCUUGACACCUUGUGUGUAGUCUCAAACCGUUCUCACUCCGAAGGCAUCAAAAACUGCAGCAUUGACAGAUGCCUUGCCACUAUUAAGAUGCUAAAGGCACACCUUUGGAAAUUGCUAUACGUUAUCUACAGGCUAGGAUUACCAGUGCAUUUAAUGAGAAGCCAUUCCUGUCAAUGCACGGAUGGGUUUUCAUUGUCAGGAAAUUCUAUAUUGAGGUAUAAUUUUGUCAUUAUGACUCAAGUGUUGAGUUUUGAUUGUUAGGUUAAGCCAUAAUCAUUUAAUUAACACUACACUCAGGGCUUGACAUUAACUCUCGCCAAAUGUGGGUGUAUUUCAACAAUGGCGUUUAACGCAGUCACUCCUUCUAGCCAUUUUGGCGGGUCGAAUUUGAUAUAUAAUAUAGCAAUUUUACAGUAGUAGUUUUUCAAAAAGGCAUCUGAAAAUAAAAAAAACUAAGUGCAAUGUAGUGUUAUAGAUUUUUGAUACACGUCGAUAUUGAAAUAUCCAAAACUCAUUUAUCGCAGAAUCUCCCUGACAGUGAGUUACACAGAGACCCGCCUCUCCUCACUCGUUCGUUUCAUUUGCUUCGGAUGAAUAUUGUUACUGUUACAGGGAUUGAAUUUCGCCGUGGAAUUGCUCAUAUUGUGCAUAAUUUGACUCCUCCUCUUAGUACUUAAGUUAUUUCUCACUGCCUAUUGCACUUCAACGGUCAAAUACACACAAAAUAAUGUCAAAGUGCUGGUCCUGGCGACUAUUCACGUCUAAACACAGUCAGUCAUGUUUGAAUUGAACGUUAACAGUUGAGAAACGCAUGUGUAAGAGUAUAAUGGAUCUGUGCGACAGGUCUUAAAGUGACAGCAGCCUAACAAACCUGCUGCCAAAUUAUGAGAUAAUAUUAAAAUUAUCUAUAUGGCAGUUUCCCCCCAUGGUAUCGAUGAGUGCCUUGUAACUUUGGAAAACCACCAAGCAAAAAAAGUUAAUGCCAAUCCCUGAGUUUACAAUUUAGACAGUUUGAGCACCUAACCCGUCUUCUCGAGCGCCUAACUCGAACCAUUUCUCAAUAUAAAACAACAUGAAGGAACAGGAUACAAGUACAGUCGCAAUUAUUUAUUCAAAACUUGCAAAUAUAUUCCAAGUCUUGCUGAACAAGCGUCAUUUAUUGAAUGCUGAGGUGUGUGGCUGUCUUCAAGAGCAUUAAGAUUUCCAGUGAUUACAACCUUGAAUUUCACUCUGUUCCUCACAUAAAAAGAACAUAUUGCUCCUUGUAAUGCACCACACGUCAUUAUUCAUACUUGUAUGUAAAAUUACUGUGACUGUUCUUCAUCUUUUGUUGAAAAGUGGUUAGGUUUAGGGUAUGAGUGGGAUUAGGUGCUCAAAAAUAUGUGUAAAAGGAUACAAAUAAUUUUUGUUUUACAAAAAAAAAGGAAUGUGGAGACAUUUUACCUAAAAUUAUAAUGAUAAAAGACACAUAAAGCAAAAUGCAAGCAAGCAAUUUCUUAUUGUCUUAGUGGUUGCACGCAAAGCGAUUUUUCAUGCUACGGUUUUUGUCUACUUUUGAGUGAGAAUAUAUUGGUUCUAAA